AUGGCGUUGGAUACCACUCGGGCAGCGUGGCUGUAUCCUCUUUGGGGCAUUUACUACUUUGCAACUCAUCGCUGGCUUUGGCCUUUGUUCAAGGCCCGGCUCCUUCCUAUCGUUCUCUUAUCGACUUUCGUUUACUUCCUUCUCUUCUUCUUUACAUACAUUCCACAGGUGGCCUUUUUGGCCAUCUUCCAGGGCCGCGGGGCAUGGGUGAGCGGUGUAUUUUUGGUACUCGGAGAAGGUUCUGCCGUUGUUACCGCAUUGUUUGAGGCGUUCUUCGUAGACGAGACGUUGGUGGAUAUUUUCGACUCCGUCUUGGUGAAUGAAGGACACGAAGAGCUUGUCCUGACCUCACGAGUUCUGUACCCGGAUGGAGACCCAAGAACUCGUCUUGGUACCCCAACUACCAGCGCUGUUUACUCGCCAUUUUCCUUGCGACAAAUCAUCGAACUUAUCGUCUUGCUACCUCUGCACUUUAUCCCAGUGGCUGGAGUUCCCAUGUUCCUAGUGCUAACUGGUUACCGUGCCGGUCCGUUCCAACACUGGCGCUAUUUCCAGCUGAUGAGUUACACAAAAAAGCAACGAAAGGAGAGCGUGCGUAGACGACAGCUGCAAUACACUACGUUCGGCACUGUCGCCUUGCUAUUGCAACUCGUCCCCGCCCUCUCUAUGAUGUUUUUAAUGACUUCUGCUGCUGGCUCUGCGAUAUGGGCUUCGGAGCUUGAGAAGAAACGACAACUUACCGCUGAACGUCCUCGCCAACAGGAAGGUGCUUAUCAAGAUGAUGUUGCGUGA